UCAAGAGCCGUCGAUACACGGGUUAAGGAGGAAAUACCGGAUUGACGAUAUGCUGCGUUUGAACUGCACAUCCGGCCGGAGUAAACCCGCGGCCAAUCUCACCUGGUACAUCAACGGCCGACAACCGCUGGAGUCCCACGUCCGCACGUACAGCCCCCUCGACACCAACGAAUCAGAGUGGCAGAUCUCCCAGAUCGGCCUCCAGUUUCUCCUAACACACGAACACUUCACCCUGGGCAAGCUGAAGAUACGUUGCAGCGCCUCCAUAUACAACAUCUAUUGGCGAAGCACCGAGGUCAGCGUAGAGGAGGAUAGGCCCAGGGUGAUACACUACGAGCCCGCAGCGACCAUCGUCGGCAUCAACUACCUUCAACCGCCGCCCAACUUCCAAACGGGACAGCAGAAGCCUGACGGACAGGUUGGAGUCAAAGGUAACGAUCCCUCGACGAAUCAGCGCGUCCGACUGUCGAUUUUGGUCGAGCAUGAAUUUAUGUUUCCUGGCGGUUGUAUCUGCGUCGUUAUUUUGAUUUCUGACGCGGACACUGAUAUGCGUGCUGUAUCAAGUGCGAGUUCUUUGUGUUGUUGAAUGAUUGGUUGUUCGCGUGGCGUGGGAUGUUGAUAGAACGUAUUUUUACAAAUAUCCCUGGUAAUGGAGUAUUGGUUGCACGAACCUAGCAAAAUAGUGAGACCUUACCCUGUUGUAUCAAGUACUUCACGAAGCAUGUAUCUUUUUACUAUCUUUUGGCAUGUAUCAAAUAGACAUCAGAUCGACUGUUAUCGAAUUUUUGUUCAAUCUGAGAUCCGUGCAAUACUCCUGUACAGGUAGACGUAGCUGAAACUCUUAAUCAUAAUGACACAUCUUUAAGCUCCGAUUUUUGAAUAUUCCAAAGCAUUGGCUACACUAGUCUUGAAAACCUGUUUGUUAUUUCUGUGGAACGGUAUUCUAUCGUUCGCAGACUUUUUGUUUAUAUAUUGCAGGAUGUAUAUAAUACUUCUUCAUCAGAAAAUGUUGAUAAAGAGGACCACCCAAAUGUCUCUGUCACUGAAGUAUUGAUUGCACAAGUCUGGAAAACCCAGUACCUUUCCUAUCUCGCUGAUUGUGAAUGCUUCUUCGUUACUUCACUCUCUUAUCUGUCAAAGAUUUCAUUGUUUGGCUCGUUUACUAUUUCCUGUUAAUGGCACGAUUUCGUCGAGAAAUGUUUGACUAUCCAGGUAGAAUAUUGAUUGGCCAGGCUCAGCAGGUUCAAUAUAUGAUUUAUACCAUUGAAAACUUUGGUCUCUAUUAGCCCUACAACCUGUGUAAACUAUUACAUAACUAAAGUUAGCUGGCCAACACACCUAAGUAUACCUAAUACUAUUGCUAGUGAAAUACUU